AUUACUCCUCCCCUUUAUUUCCCUUCUUCUCCAAAACGAGCUGAUUCUCGCCAUCAAAGUUCUGCAUCAAAACCCUUUACUCCAAGGUACCCUCUCCCGCCAUACCCGACAAAUUAAGGUUAGUUUAACUUGGGCUAAAUAUGUCGGGAGAAGAGGAAGAGAACGCCGCUGAGCUCAAGAUUGGUGAUGAAUUUUUGAAGGCCAAGUGUUUGAUGAAUUGUGAAGUUUCCUUAAUUCUUGAACAUAAGUAUGAGCAGCUUCAGCAGAUGUCAGAGGAUCCAAUGAAUCAAAUGUCUCAAGUAUUUGAGAAGUCUCUGCAGUAUGUGAAGCGUUUCAGCCGCUACAAGAAUCCUGAUUCUGUCAGACAAGUCCGAGAGAUUCUUAGCAGAUACCAGCUUGCUGAAUUUGAGCUUUGUGUACUUGGUAAUCUUUGCCCAGAGACUGUUGAGGAAGCUAUUGCUAUGGUCCCAUCAAUCAAGAAUAGAGGCCGUGCCCUUGAUGACGAUGCUAUUGAGAAGAUGCUGAAUGACUUAUCUCUGGUCAAGAAAUUUGAGUAGAAGAAGUUUGAGCAGCAACAUCCAUCUAGGACAGAAAGGUCGGUGGUAAAUGCCAGUGGCAUAUCGUGCUCAUGUAAAUUCUACAUUGGGUGCCAAAGACGGGACAGAUUUUUUGCUUGGCUGCUUAAAUUGGGAUGUAAUUGUUGGGAUUUUCAAAUCGAUUAUGUUUUCAUCUUAUUUUGAACAAUUUUCUUGUUCAUUUGAAGAAGAAAAUGUAGUCUAAUGUUUAACUACUUCAACCUUUGCAA